CACGCGCUACUAGCCAGCUUGGUUCAGUGGAGUUCUGUCUCUGACGAUUCGAUUUCGGUACCGCGACGGCUCCGAAAUGGAGAGCGACUGCCAGUUCCUGCUGGCGCCGCCGCCGCGCAUGUACGCCGCGCCGGGGGACGACGGCCAGUUCCUUCAGCAGCAGCAGCAGCAGCUGAGCGGCGGCGGCGCCGGGGAGAGGAAGCGGCGGUUCACGGAGGAGCAGGUGCGGUCGCUGGAGAGCACGUUCCACACGCGGCGCGCCAAGCUGGACCCCCGGGAGAAGGCGGAGCUGGCGCGCGAGCUGGGGCUGCAGCCGCGCCAGGUGGCCAUCUGGUUCCAGAACAAGCGCGCCCGGUGGCGCUCCAAGCAGCUGGAGCAGGACUUCGCGGAGCUGCGCGGCCAUUACGACGCCCUCCGCGCCCGCGUCGAGUCGCUCAAGCAGGAAAAGCUCACUCUCGCCGCGCAGCUGGAAGAGCUGAAGAAGAAGCUGGACGAGCGGCAAGACCAGAGCGCUAGCUGCGGCGGCUCUUGCGCCGUCGCCGACGUAGACGACAAGAGGGAUAACGUUAGCAGCUGCGUCGCGGCGAAGGAUGAGAGCGCGGCGCCGGCGGCAGACGUGUCGGACGGCUCAACUCCGGGCUGGUACGAGUAUGACGACCACCUGGUGUAUGGGGUUGACCUGCACGAGCCGUUCUGCGCCACUCAGGAGCUGUGGGAGACGUCAUGGCCGCUGGUGGAGUGGAACGCAGUGGCAUGAACCAACGUUGCAUAUACACGUACUACGGUACAUCUGUGUACGCGUUCCUAUACGUCGAUGCUGUUGCUGUUGCUGUCUUGUCUAGCUGGUUGAUCCGGACCAUGUAGAUCAUCAGGUCGAUCGGACCGUCAUGUAGAAUCGUAGAACAGAUAGGUAGGAUCCCACAUGCAAGCAGCCACGAAAUCUACAUGCGAGAAAUCUUCCCGCCGGCCGGCCGGCGAUCUGCUUCGUCGACUCCGGGAUUCAUGAGAUCAUGUCCGUGAAAAUGGCUUUAGAAUCACGCGCAGCGUCUCGAUCCGGCGGCUGUCACUCAUGUGGUUCCUGUCGCGCCGUCGCCGACGAAAGAAAAAACCACAGUUACCUGUAGAGAACGUGUUUCACCAGUUGCCCAUGUCGCUCUAGAAAUCCAUACAUUCGUUCCUGUGUU